AUGUGGUGGUUGUCGCACUUUGCAGCAGAAGCAUGCAGCAAAGGGAACGCGCCUGCUAGCAAACCGCCCCACGGCGCCGUGGAAAUAUGUGCCAAGGGGAAUAUGACCACUAACACCACCUCUCACGUCCGGCCGGGAACCAGCAUCACCCUCUCCUGCCAGCUGAAGACCCAGGAAUACAUUAAGCAGUGCAGUAUAGCUAUUUUCUUUAACAGCUCUGAACUAAUUAGAAAUGACAGCAGUUCAGUAAGGACCACGUUUCUAGUCCAUACAUAUGGCAAACACAUAUUUACGUGCAAAAGGCAUUGUAAAGGCAGGACAAAACUCAUUUGUGGAAUCGAUAUAGAAUCUGGAAAUCCUCCAGAUGAGCCAAGGAACGUGUUGUGUAUCCAGCACGGGACGGAUGGCCAUCCCACCUGCUCCUGGGAGAAAGGCAGGCUCACAUACAUCAACACUGUAUACGUAAUACAGCUAUCAAACGGUACGGAUGUCCUGUGCGUUUCAGAAGGAAGCCUGAAUAAGAAGUUUGGCUCGCUGGCUCUGAGCAAGUUGAAUUUUGACUCUACUUACACCGUUGUGGUUGCCGCCUUCAAUGAGCUAGGGAGCGCUUUCUCACAGCCUCUCGUGUUCACGUUAACUGACAUAGUGAAACCACAUCCUCCCAACUUUUUGGUGGAAUUUGAAAGUUCUUCUGUGACCAAUUGCACCAUUUUUUUGCACGACGAAGCACAAGGGCAGCACUGCAGGCUGAGAUACCGUCCACUCACCAGGCACAUCUGGAGCACGGUUGAAAGCUUCAACAGUGAGAAAUGCAGUCUUUACGGUCUGGAGCCGCAUACAUCCUAUGAGUUUCAGGUCAGCUGUAAAAUUCACCCUGAGCGAGGACAUUGGAGCAACUGGGGCACGUAUCAAACCCAGACCCCAGAAGCAGUGCCGACCGGGCUCCUGGACAUCUGGUACCGACAGCAGGACGUGGACUCUCAGUGGCAGAACAUCUCUCUUUUUUGGAAGGCUUUGAGCAAUUCGGAGGCGAGAGGAAGAAUCCUGCGGUAUGUGGUGACCUUCGAAGCCCUGGGCCAGCAGACCCCCCCGGCAGGAGCAGCACACCUUACCACCCAAACCAGCUACGCCAGCGUCACGCCGAGGGUGGACUACAGGAUAACAGUCACUGCCGAGAACUCAAGGGGCAGGUCCCCCCCUGCAUCCGUCGUGACCAGCCUGGGCACCCGGGAUCUACCUCCUCCUCAGAAAGUCUCUGCCGUAGCCACGGGAAACAGCAGCAUCUUCGUCAGCUGGAAACCGCCCGUCGGAUCGCCCACGUCCGUCAGCGGAUACGUCGUGGAGUGGGCAGACACGCAGAGGAGCCCGCGCCCGGAGCCGCAUCCAGCCUGGGUAAAGCUUCCAGCAUCCAGCCUGUCCACCGUGAUAGCAGAGCACAUAAAAGAUAACGUGUGCUAUCAGAUCAGUGUGUUUGCACUCUAUCGGGACAGAGCUGGACAAGUGGCAUCAGUCAUGGGAUACUCAAGAGCAGAAGCGCCGUCAGCUGGUCCCCAGGUAUAUACAGCAACGCGGGCCACCGGCAUCUUGGUUUCAUGGGAGGCAAUCCCUGCCCAGCAGCAAAGGGGCUGCAUCACAGGGUACCAUGUAUACCUGCAGAAGAAGGACAGCGGGGAAGCCCCACGCGUCUACAACGUUUCCAGCGGGAGCACCCAGCGCUCCCUGUUGGUCACCCACCUGCGGCCGGGCGAGCACUACGUCCUGUGGAUGACGGCAUCGACUGCUGCUGGAGAGGGGCCCUGGGGCAACACCGAGCUCGUCUGCCUCGAGAGUGCUGGGGACUGGAUGGCUGUCGUGCUCUCCUGCAGCUUCCUCAUCCUCUCAGCCUGCAUCUGUUCUCUGCCUCCGGCAAGAAAAGCGUUACACUCGUUCCUCUCGGCACUCGCGCCGCAGUGGCAGAGCAAAGCCAUCCCAGACCCAGCCAACGCCACGUGGGCCAAGAACUACCUCUCUACGAAGCCCGAGCUGAGCUUGCCCUCCCCCCUGUUCCUGCACAGCGCCGGCAGCUUCGAAGAGCCCCAAACAACCCACGUGGAGGAAGCCUUCGCGAAGGCCGACCCCCGCACCCUCCAGGAGAAGCUCCUCUCCGGCAGCCGGGGAAGCGGCGACUGGCUGCCCGGGAGCGGCUCGGGGCAGGACUACCAGGCUCUCCCCAGCACAGCGGAUGGAGAGGUUUGCGAGCAGCAGCAUCCUGACCUCUACAAGAGGAUGGCGGUGGAGGUGACGGAGCACACGCAGACCGUGUCCGAGUAUAUCGCCAACCCGGUCACCGACACAGCCGCCAUGUACCUGCCCCCGGUUACGGGCACUACUGCAGCCCACCCCGAACUCGAGUGCAAUCCGCUCUCCAUCUUCCCAACAACAUUCCUGAUGCCCGUACCCUCCUAUGAGGGGAAUCUUACCUUGGGUACGGUGAAAAUAAACUAGCUCUUUCACGAGGUAGGCAGUCAGUAAGCCUGGCCUCAUUUUUUGCACUUUACUCAG